GUAAGCAUUAAUCGUACAUGAGACAAGCUUGUAUCAGAGUCCAGUCCAGUCAGAUUGGAGUCUCCUGCACCAUUCAGACAGUCAGAGGCUCAUUCCUCUCUUAUCUUCUCUAUGGCUUCAGCUGAGACAGAGCGUAGAGCUCCUUUCUCACUGGACUCCUACUAUGUUUCAGAAGAACUGGGUUUUGUGCUUCCAGACCCCCUGGAAAACCUUCCAUCUUAUUACCAGCCAUGGAUGGAUAUUGCCCUGUGUGUGCCAGAGCUUGUGCACAGUCAUGACCUGCGCUCCCAUAUCAACCAGAUGCCUCUGCUGAGCGCCAAGUUUCUCCAAAACCACAGAGAAUUAAGGCUCGCCCACCUGGUCCUUAGCAUGGUAACCAUGGGCUAUGUGUGGCAAGAAGGUGAAAACGAUACAGUGGAGAUGCUGCCAAGAAGCCUUGCUGUUCCUUACUGGGAGGUGUCACAGCGCUUAGGACUUCCAUCAAUUCUCACCCAUGCAGAUGCAGUAUUAGCCAACUGGAGGAAGAAAGAUCCAGAGGGACCUUUUGACAUGGAAAACCUGGAGUUGCUGGUCAGACUCCCAGGUGGUGACAGUGUCAAAGGUUUCUUCUUGGUCACUCUGCUGGUGGAGCUUGCAGCAGUCCCUGCAUUAAGGAGCAUUCCCGCAGUCAUCAAUGGUGUCAGGUGCGGUGACACGGACGCUGUGACCAAAGCACUGGAGAACAUUGGCCAGUCCAUACAGGACAUGAAUGAUGCACUUAAACUAAUGCAUGUGUAUGUGGACCCGUCAGUCUUCUACGGCAUUAUGAGGAUCUUCCUGUCUGGGUGGAAGGACAACCCAUGUAUGCCGAAGGGACUUGUUUACGAAGGUGUCCAGACAGAACCGAUAGGGUUUUCUGGAGGAAGUGCUGCACAAAGUAGUCUGCUGCAUUGCUUUGAUGAACUACUAGGAGUCAAACAUGAAGAAAAAAGUCGCGCCUUUCUAACUCGCAUGAGGAACUACAUGCCACCUGCCCACCAGAAACUGAUUCAAGACAUCUCUUUGCAACCAUCCCUGAGGGGUUUUGUUCAGCAGCGGGCCAAUGAGGACCUCAGCAAGGCAUUUGAUGACUGUGUUUCAAAACUGUUGGCCUUGCGCAGCUACCAUAUCAAUGUUGUGAGCCGCUUUAUCACUGUACCUGCUGCCAGAGCUCGGCAACUACGCACAAACAGCCACGACUCAGAGGGGGAGAUGGUCAGCAGAGCCCCCACAUCGCUGGAGGAGAGGGGCACCGGUGGGUCUGGCAUCAUGACCUUCCUGAAAACUGUGAGGGACAAAACAAAAGACGUCCUUUUGCAUGAGACAAGCAAAAAAACUGUUCACGAGAACUGUCAUCAAUGAGGAUAUAAAUAAAAUCAACUCUGCUGUAUAAACACAAUUUUAUAUGUCAAUAAAAUUGUCACUUUUGUCAAAAUAAGA